CCGUUUGACGCGAAAAACCCAUUUUUGGCGCGUGUGCAAGUCAACCGAGAACUACACACCGGUGGGACGCGUUCCUGUCGGCACAUUGAAUUGGAUAUUUCCGGCAGUGAUUUUCGUUACAAACCCGGGGACCACGUGGCCAUUUUACCGAGGAAUCCAGAUACUUUGGUUCUCAGGUUCAGUGAAUUGCUGGAUAUCGAUCUAAACGGAGUGGUCAAUCUGGAGUGUGUU